AAUGUUCCUGGGUGACAGCGAUGGUGAAGGCAUAAGUCUGGUGCUGUAUUUCAAGCUAUCUGACAAAAUCGACCAAGAAAUUCCAUCAGACUUCAUAGACAGCAUCAAGAUGGUGCAAACUCCUCUUCGUGUUGCUGCUGGCUACAAUGAUGUUGAGAUUGUUGAAGUUUUGCUGAAAUGGAUGGGAUUGGAGAAGGUUGAGCCGGAAGCAAGGAAUAUGUCUGGGGAGACUCCAUUACACAUGGCCGUGAGAAGAAUGACUGCAAUGAAGUUGUUAAGCUGCUUCUUUCUCAUGGUACUUCUGUGGAGGCCAAGGCUAAUGUUAUUUUCACUGAUGAUUCGAGAUAUCGACAGCAAGGAUAAACAUCUAGAAGAAAGUUGUACAGGAAGUUCUGAAGAAAAUAGCUGAUGGGUGGCGUACCAACUCUAAGGAAGCAACAGGUUUCUGCUUACGGCGUAGUAGCUGAAUUGUUGGAGCAAUACCCGGUUGAUGGAAAUUUUACCUU